AUGGCGAGCCCGGAGACCGUCAAAGCAAAGUUCACCCUAUUCUACUCGCCCAGGGUGUGGUGGAAAAGCAUCUUCAUAGGUUUUUCUCGAAAGCGGAGUGGCGGAUACAGAGGAUGGGCCCUAACCUUAUCUUCGCUUGCAGCUGGCGUCAGCAUACUCGGCAUCUCAGCCUUCUCGUCGUCCCUGUUAGUUGCAAAGGAUGUUUUGACAAAGGAGAGUGUGCAACUACAACGAUACGCAGCUGGUCAGACAACGGGGAAAGAGUUAUUACCUAUUCAACUUGUACCCCGAAGAGAUACUUACUCCCGCACUAUCAGUGGAUAUCUUUUCAACGUCUCCACAUCGAUGUGGAUGUUCGACUCAUAUCUCAUUGUGCCCUUCGGCGCAUCUAACAGCGGCAUCGAUCGCGUAUCACUCGAGAACGGUAUCUGGCAAGCAGAGACUGAGGUGUUCCAUUUAGACUAUCAUUGUACACCAAUGGUUCUAUCUGAUAAGAGCAUUCUAGAUAUCAGUUACACAGCCGCGAACGUCUCACAGUCAAACGAUGCGUGCCCGAACGAUGUUUGUACCGUCAAGUCCAAAGGAUUGCAGAUUCGAUCGCAGGACGGUUGUGAGGUUCGGAUUCAAGGACCCAUCGAUGUCUGGGAUGGGCUAUUGGUGAUGACGGGUGAGUUCUUUCAGAGCGAUACCUUUUCAACGGAUGGUGGCCUACUCUGGAAAAAUAUGUCCUCUGACUACGUGUCGUGGCAAACUCUUGUUGAUGAGUACGGCCAGACGCCGGAAAUUCUCGCUAGUGGGAACAUGGUCCUCGAACAAUGGUCUCGCACUUUCAUACAUAGCUUGUCUGAGCAAUGUGUGGGGCGUGAUCUGCUUCUUGUAUCGCCGCCAUGGAUCGACUAUACCGAAGGUGAACUAGCCUCAUGGGAAAAUCUCACGGUACGAUCUGCUGUAUGCACUCCGCAAUACAACGCAGCUGCCAUGCCAGUCACCGUAUCGACUGGCGGAGCCGGAACGUCCAUCUCCUUUGACGUUUCUGAGCUCGAGCGACGUAGCCAGUCCGUACCGAAAAAAGCUAUUGAUUUUGCCUUAUUGGACGAUAUUUCCUUUCACAACAGCAAUUGGGCCAAGUACAUUACCAUACCGCUUACUGUCCAUGGCGAUUUUGAGGGGAUAUCCACACUUCUUGUAGACAAGUUCGGCCAGAACGUUUCCAGCAUGCUGGAGAGUGACACACUAGAGAUGGAAGCUAGCAUGCUUCGAACGCGUUUCGCGAAGGAGCUCUUGCUAUCGUCUAUCACAGAAUCAGACGUCCUAGAGCUAGAGAGUGCACCUGGUAGUGUUACACACGUGAGGGGAAGGAUUUUGGUUAUUACUGAGAUUGGGAUAACGCUAUCCGUGCUCUUCCUGCUCUUGGCAUGCUAUCUAACAAGCAUAAUAUUUAGCGUAUCGGUCAGACGACGACCGCUAGGCCUCAGAUCGGAUCCUGCGGCUAUUAUUGGGACAGCUUCACUCCUCAAAAUCGAUUCACCUCCUAUGGCUACAUUACAAACACUAGCUGGACAUAGCCGACCACACAUACAAGAGACGAUUGAAUCACGAACUUACAAUUUGCGAGGAAGCAUUCUUUCGGAGGGUACAUCGAAAUGUGAGGCAGUCAAAGCUGAAGGGUCAGACUUACUUGCUAGGAAGAAGGAACUGUCCCCAGGCUCUCCAAAAUCUAAAGCCAGCAUUGGAAACGACUGGAGGCCCUCAAUGCUCCACAAAAGGUGGCUCUUCGCAUUGUUAGCUUAUCUCUUUGCUACUACAGUAGCCAUUUUGAUUCUUCGCGGAUAUGCACGAGAGAAAAAGCUCUCCCGUACUGCAUUCACCUACGAAGUCGAUGUGGGCCUUUUCAACACAACUUUCUCGCCUCACUCCCUUAUAGCUACACUGAUCGCAGUGGGAAUUGGUCUGAGCUGGGAUGGCGUUGACAAGCCUAUGCGGGGUUUGCAGCCAUAUCUCUCUAUGUCGCGAAACCCAGUGGCUCCCAAACGGGGAGCAUCUUUGACGUACCAAUCUUCGUACUGGGUGUGGGCUGCUGUGAAAGCAGCGCUACGCAAACAUUGGAUCCUAUGUCUUGUUGCUGCCGGAACAACUCUGUCACAAAUUCUCAUUAUAUCUAUGGCUGCUGUCUUUGAGAGACAGGCAGUCACACAAGAGCAGCCAAUAAUAGAUGCAGAUAACACCAUCACAGCACCGUUUUCGCUACGGCAAGAACCUUUAAACUUUUAUCAAAGCGACGAUGGCACACGUGAACGUCAUUUCGAGAUAACUGAAUCCUUGUUGGAAGCGUCAAAGAUUCAGUGGUUAUAUAAUGCGCUAGACGAGAUCAUUCUCGACCCACCACAACUACCAUGCACGAAAGAUGAAUGGGUUUUCACUCCCCUCGAUAUAGAUCCGUUACCAAACGUCACAAUGUCUUCGAAGGCGACCUCUGAAGAUGAGAACCAUUCGAAUUCAGAUCCCCUGAGUUCACCCGCCAACAUCUCUUCUAUUACAUCUGCACUUCGAAGUCGGUUGGAAUGUUCUCCGAUCGUCGUGCCAAACUCCAGCUGGCUCAACCGAGCCGCAGACGUUUACCCAGACCGGAAGAACGAGACUUUACCAGGGUUUGCUCUACCGACUACCCUUUUCAACGGCGAGUUGUACAAUACAUCUGUCUUUUCAAUUCCAAGACGAUUGUCAUGCUGUGCGAAUGGCACAGAUCCGGGUGGGCAAGCUGUUGUUGCAUACUGGACUAGCAACAGCUCAAUGCUUGAACCAGAAGACCCUGCUGAUUUGUCUCAGAAUUGCACUACAACUGUGACUGAAAACACGACUGAAACUCGCUGUGAAUCUUUCUCACGUCCCAGUAGCGGACCUGAGAACGUAGUUGUCCAUGGUUCUUGGUAUCGUAAUUUUACCAUAAAAUGGAUUGUUGGACCGGGAGCGACGGCAGAAAUCUCUGGAGCCGAACUCAACACAACUUACCAGAAUAAUGGCGACACUUUUGGAAAUGCAAGUGAGGAGCUUCUCUACUUCACAGAGGAACCUACGAUGUCUAUAAUGAACUGUGCGCCGAUCAUCGAGGUCGCGAAUGCUAGCGUUAUCGUAGCCAGGAGCUCCGGAAACGUCCUGGACUUCGUCUUGUUAUCUGAUACUCAGCCUGAUCAGAAUGCAUGGGAGUACGCCUGGGAUAUUGUGUAUCCUGAACCAACACGAAACGAUGCUGAUGGAAAUGUUAGUUACGGUCAUUUGUUCAUGACCCAGCUUCUCACAGCUCCGUAUGUCAUCGCUCCAAGAGGGGCACACUCUUGGCUCUCAUACAACAAGAGCAUUGAGGAAACAGAAAGCGAGCGCUUCAACAUCCGCGACCGCGACCGCGGUCUCAAUGUCGACUUCAUGUCCUACGCAAACUGGCACCUUACCAACAAGAACUCAGAUGCACUGCUAAACACAACCACACUAUUCUGGCACUCCGAAAAGACCUUGCAGACCUUCUUCAAGCACUUUGCUCACUCUGGAUCAUCGCAACUUGGUGGUUACCGUUCAGCUGAUGAUUCUGGGAGAGCGGUUUAUAAGAAUGCCCUUGACUGGCAAGAUGGUGUUAUUAACGCAACGUUCACGGAACGUUUCGAAGUCCUGGUCAUGAAUGAGGUUGCUACCUGGAUCUCUCUGACCAUUCUCAUUUUGCUCAUAAUCAUCCUGAUUGUUCUCAUCGUGAGCUUGCAGAUCGUGUAUCCAAGCUCAUCUCUGCAGCACCCUAUAGAGUGCUUGGCAGACGUACUUACCAUGGUUGCUGGGAGCGAUGGUCUAAUUAGUCUAAUCGAAGAGCAGGGCGUUGAAGGUUUCGCCAACAGUGACAAAAUGACGAGAUUAGGUUGGUUCAAGGAUCGGAAGGGAGAUGUCAGAUGGGUGUUGAGCUCGUAG